ACCACACACAUAAAUCCAAUAAAAGGUGGCACGUUCCUCCGUUGUAAGGAAAGCUUCCCAGGAGCAACAGGGUUAUGAGACCAUCACUGCGAAGGACACGCUGAAGAAGAAGAAGAAGAAGAAAAGGAUCCUGCAGAAUGACCAAAUCGUACAGCGAGAGCGGGCUGAUGGGGGAGCCCCAGCCGCAGGGUCCCCCCAGCUGGACGGACGACUGCCUCAGCUCCCAGGACGAGGAGCACGAUGCGGAGAAGAAAGAGGGCGAUCUGGAAGCUAUGCACGCCGAAGCCGAGGUGGAUUCGCUGAGGAACGGCGAGGAUGAGGAAGAGGAUGAGGAAGAGGACGACCUCGAAGAAGAGGAGGAGGAGGAAGAGGAGGAGGAGGAGGAAGAAGAAGACGACGAUCAGAAGCCCAAGAGGCGCGGUCCCAAGAAGAAGAAGAUGACCAAGGCCCGCUUGGAGAGGUUCAAGCUGCGGCGCAUGAAGGCCAACGCCCGCGAGCGGAACCGCAUGCACGGGCUCAACGCAGCUCUGGACAACUUGCGGAAGGUGGUGCCUUGCUAUUCCAAGACGCAGAAGCUGUCCAAGAUCGAGACGCUGCGCCUGGCCAAGAACUACAUCUGGGCCCUCUCGGAGAUCCUGCGCUCGGGCAAGAGCCCCGACCUAGUCUCUUUCGUGCAGACGCUCUGCAAAGGCCUAUCCCAGCCUACCACCAACCUAGUGGCCGGCUGCCUGCAGCUCAAUCCUAGGACUUUCCUGCCCGAGCAGAGCCAGGACCUGCCUCCGCACAUGCAACCGCCCAGCGCUUCCUUCCCGGUGCACCCUUACGCCUACCAGUCACCGGGGCUGCCUAGCCCGCCUUACGGCACCAUGGACAGCUCCCACCUGUUCCACGUGAAAGCGCCGCACUCCUACGGCGCUGCGCUGGAGCCUUUCUUCGAGAGCGCGCUGGCCGAGUGCGCCAGCCCUUCCUUCGAUGGGCCCCUCAGCCCGCCGCUCAGCGUCAACGGGAACUUCUCUUUCAAACACGAACCUUCCGGAGAGUUUGAGAAAAAUUAUGCCUUCACCAUGCACUACCCCGCCGCUGCCGGCCUGGCGGGGGGCCCGGGCCACGGAUCGCUCUUCUCCUGCUCUGCCUCUCGCUGCGAGAUCCCCAUCGACAACCUCCUGCCCUACGAGAGCCAUGCCCACCACGAGAGGGUCAUGAGUGCCCAGCUCAAUGCCAUCUUUCAUGACUGAGCCUUUCCAGAAGCGUCGGGGCAGAGGAGCUAAGGGGCAUCGAGGGGCUGCCUUGCUUAGGAAGGGGGACCCCCACAACACAGACACCCACCCACCCUAGGGUUCCAAGUGCAAAAAGAAGGGAAGGGGCAAAGGGGGGAACUUCCAAACGCCAGAGUCAUCUAUAUAAAUAUAUGGGGAAGCUACAUUUUUCCUGGUCCCCCUUCUGUAAAUCCCACCUCCCUCCGCUAAGCUUCCCCACCCCGCACGGUCCCGAAUGUAAAUCUGCACUAUCAAUUUAGUGUAGAAGAAAGUCAGCCAGUCUCCCCACUGAUCUGAUGGGGACAAAAAAAAAUCACAAGCAAUAAUUAGGAUCUAUGCAAUUCUUAUUAAUUAUUUUUUUUGGUUUUUGAAACUAGACGUGGGCCAGUUUAAAAAAAAAUCGAAAAAAGUAUAUAUAAAAAGUAUAUUUUUCAACCAGCAUUUUUCCUACUUGCUACCUUUUCCCAUGCCGAAUUAUUUUGUUGUGGUUUUGUACAGAAUUUUUAAUAACUUUUGAUAAACUAUUUUAAACCAUGCAGCUUCAUCGAUUUUUAUACGUAUUGGAAACAAAGUAGAAUUAUAUCUAAUUUAUACGAAAUAAUUUAAGUAAUUUAAACCAGCAGAAAAGUGCUUAGAAGAGGUGUGGGGGAGGGGUGGAGAUGUUCUGUUGCCUUAGCACCUCCCCGCUCCGUUCAUUUUCCUUUCACGUUCUUUACACACACAAAUGCACCGCGCCAGCAAAGUCUUUCCCAUUAAAAUUUCGUUUCUUUGCAGUAAGAACCAGAUUCCUACAGGGUUUUUGGAUUUUUUUGAAAAAAAUGGAAGAAGCAAAAUAUGUAUUUCCUAUUGGAACAUAUCACCCCAACGGAAGGUUUGCAAAACCUUGUGUGCGGAUAGAGACACCCUCCCACCCGCCACACACUCAUGUUUUCAUAAGGAAAUGCCAAGUCCUCUCUUUUUCCCCCGAAUCAAAAGCUGCUUGACUAUCACAUUCAAUUUGCACUGUUUCUUUUUAAUCUUUGGCGUCCCCUUCCCUUCUCCUCACGUGAUUUUGAAGAGAACAGAGAUAACUUGAAAACACUUAAUGUUUCCAGGCAAUGAUAAAUGCAUGAUAUAUAUAUAUAUUUUUAAAUAUAUACAUAGUCACAUGAAUCGGUGGUUUGUCAUAUUUCCGUCCAGGAGUCGAAAAGCCAAUCAGGUUCACGAUGGCAUAGCUGCCAAGUUAUCCCUUUUUUAAAGGGAUUUUCCCUUAUGCUGAAUAGGCUUCCUCGCAAGAAAAGGGAAAACUUGGCAGCUAUGCGAUGGUUAGGGUUGUUAUAUAAUAUGCUGGUGGAUUGUAGUCAGUAGUUUCAAACCCAUUCGAACCAUUUGACUUCGUAAUUAGAACAAUAUAGUUAUUAUGCAUGUACAAUGCAAUCCGCAAUAAGUGCUGUCUGAAAUGUAACGCUGGUUCAACCGAAAUCAAUCUGUACUGUAAUUUUGUUCGUAAUCCUGUAUAUGACUAUGUAAUACACAUUUGGGAAUUUAGGAAGCACACCUUUGGAACGUGAUAGUAAGGAGACGUCCGUCAAAUGUUGCAUUUCUCCUUUAAGUAUGAUUCCCCCCUCCCUUCCCCCUUCUUAGUGUGAGCAAUUCCUAUGGGAUUAUUGUAAUAGUUCCUUAAAAAAAGGUGCAACCUUUACUAAUUUGUACAAUAAACGGAAGUUUAAGAAAAACAAACAAACCAAGGUGCAGUCCAAUAGCAUCCUGGCAGCGGGUGGGAGGUGGCAGGAACGCAUAGCUAGCGAGUAAGGUUCUCUCGGAAAUCUGAUCGGGAAGCCAAGGCGAGUUUGUACUGUAUUCAAAAGCUCACGGUAGCAACCGCUCACCAGGCCAAGCCCCUACGUAGCUGUCCAGCUCUGCGGUCCUGAAAUGCCACAGGGAGAGACUGCAACAUUCGGCCAGCAAAGCAAACUCCACAGCGUCCAGUGAUCAAUUUGUAGAGAUGCGCUGCUGCUGCUCUGGACCAAACAGAAAGCCAUGCCCUCUGACCUGUAAGCGCUUUGUAGGCCCCCAAAGAUGGAGAAGGGGAGCUGGCAAUAGUUAUUCGGUGGAGAGGGGGAAAGCUCUGCAGAGCACUGAAUGUAUGGCAUUGAGACAGGUUCUGGGAAUCUUAAGCCUUGGGUGUGCUACUGCAUCUGAAAGUAAACUGAAA